AAUGCCAGAAACUGUUGGGCAACCUGAAUUGGAUCUUCCCGAUCCAAAGGAAUCGUUUGUUCCAGAUCCAAGUGCUCCCAAGCCAGAACCUGAAAUGGAUCUGUUAGAUACCGAGCAAUCGUGUAUCCCUGAACCUGAAUUGGAUCUCGUGGUUCCUUCUGAACCUAAACUGGAUCUGGUUGAUCCAGAGGAAGCAUGUGCCAGCCCAAAAGAAACUACCAAAGCCACGAAGAAUAAGAAAGUUCUUGGCUUCGUUGUAACAAAGAGAGUAGAAUAUGCUACAGUGAGGAAUACGAAAAAAACCUUCCUCCAGAACGACAGAUCGAACUCAGCAUGGCCUGAGAUGGAUCUGAAUGUUCGUGAACCAAAACCUAUUGAGGAUUUGGUUGCUCCUCCUAAAUGGGAUCUGGUUGAUGCAGUGGAACUGUACACCCCGAGUCCUAGCGUUCCUGAGCCGGACUCUGAGGAGGAUCUGGAUGAUCCUCUUGAACGUGAAUGGGAUAAGGACUCGAUGGAAUUAUACGCCCCGGGUUCAAGUGUCCCUGAGCCAGACGCUGAAGAGGAUCUGGUUGAUUCAGUGGAAUUGUACCUCCCGGGUCCAAGCGUUCUCAAGCCACGACCUGAAUGGGAUCUGCCUACUCCAGUGGAUUUGGGUGCACCAAGUCCAAGCAUUCUUGAGCCAGAGUCUACAGUGUUAUCUGAACUUGCAAGUUUGGAAAACUACGUCCCUUUAAACAUGCUCCAACUAGAGGAUCGUUUGAAGCAGUGUACACUGCUCAAACAAAGACAUGUCACCAAUGUCUGGCCCAGGGUCUUCAUCGGAGACGAAGAGGCUGCAACAGACCGAGAUAUGCUGCAGGAGAUGUGCAUCACUCACAUUCUGAACGCUGCAGCGCCCAAAAAGGACUUGAACUACUUCUUGGGAAAAUCUUAUGUUGAAGAUCUAGAAGGAACAGUCAAUACAGGGUCCAGAUAUUACAGUGGCUUGCACAUCAAUUAUUACAGCUUGCCUACAACGGACAGACACUGUUCUGACAUCAGCAAGUGCUUCAUGCCAGCUGCAAAAUUCAUUAACAAGGCCGUGAAUAAGCCAGGAAGUAAGGUGUUGAUUUGCUGCAAGCAGGGUGUCGACCACUCUGCGACUCUGUUUCUGGCAUAUCUGAUGAUCUGCCAUGACAUGAUGGUGGAGGAUGCCAUUGAUGACGUCAUAAAGUCGAGACGCAUCCAGCCCUCCAGAGACUUCCUGAAGGAGCUGAUGCUCCUCAAUGCUGACCUUGUGAACAAGCAAAAACUAAAGCUAGAGGACAUAAAAAAGGGCAAAAAGAGGAGAAAAUGGCAGCUAAAAAAGAAGUGUAGAGAUAUACUAAAAGAUAUAAAAGAAAAUGUGCACAUAUAGAAAUGUCAAUAAAAUGAAUGGAUAAUGUCCUGAUAAUGAGCUGCUUUGUUUUGUAAUGUAUUUGUUUUUUACAGUGCAAAUAAAUAUCUGUACUGAUCGAUAUAAUAGAUAGGAUAGAUAUAAUCCUAUCAGCAUUGUAUUUUAUGUAUUUUAUUUAUGUACUUUAAUGAAUUGCUUACAGUGCAAAUGAAUAAGUGCACAGAUAAAAAAACUAAAUAGAGGCAUUGUUAGAUGCCACU